CCCUCAAAGUUUCGGUUGGAGAGAACAGGAUAAGACUUGUUGACAAGAGACAGGAGAGUUCACAGCGUCUCUAACCUAAGAAAUCCAAAAAAUGUCUGGUAAUAUUAAAACAUUUUACAACUUCACAGCUAAGCUUCUUUCCGGUGAACCUUUCAGUUUCUCCUCGCUGAAGGGGAAAGUUGUUCUCAUUGAGAAUGUAGCGUCUCUCUGAGGAACAACAGUCAGGGACUACACGCAGAUGAAUGAGCUUCACUCCAGAUACUCUGCAGAGGGACUCGUUAUCCUGGGUGUGCCCUGCAAUCAGUUUGGACAUCAGGAGAACGGCAAGAAUGAUGAAAUCCUAAGAUCCUUGAAGUAUGUCCGUCCAGGGAAUGGUUUUGAACCAUACUUCCAGCUCCUUGAAAAGGUGGAUGUGAAUGGAAAGGAUGCCCACCCCCUGUAUGUCUAUCUGAAAGAGAAGCUCCCUGUCCCCAGGGACGAUGCUUUGUCCCUAAUGAAUGAUCCAAAGUUCCUGAUCUGGAGCCCUGUGUGCAGGAGUGACAUUUCUUGGAACUUUGAGAAGUUCCUGAUCGGUGCUGAUGGGGAGCCUUAUAAGCGCUACAGCAGAAACUUCCUCACUAUUGAUCUUGAGGAAGACAUUAAAAAGCUUCUCAAGAGAAACAAGUAAAAUGUGCUAUGACACUCAGCAGCUUGUUGCUGAAGAUAUCGGCUGUGAUCCCUCCAACUUAGAAAGGCUUAUCAGUAGACACACCUAGGAGGGGUAUUUUAUCGAGCUUCCCAGCUCACAGUUUUACCAAAACAGCCUUUUUUUUAAGAUUGUAAUAUUUUCAGUGGUAAACACUCGGUUCCUAAACCCAUUUACUUAAUGAUGAAACUCCUGGAAACCAUUUUGUGUAGGGAGUUUCUGAAGCACAUGUAAAUGUUUGACUUUACCACUGUCUAUUCUACAAUAUAAAGAAAAAGAGAAAAUGCACAUUUUAUGUAAAUUAAAAUGCCUUUUACGCAAUUCUGAA